GGCCAGAAAUCAGACACACUCUUCAAUAAGCAUCUCUAUACUUUCUCUCUCUAAACAAGUACAACCACCAGCACGCCCUUACCCACCAUCGUUGAGAAAUAUCGAUUACUCAGAGUUAUGGCAGAUAAAAAUCCCAUUAAUCCUCUGCUCACUCCCUACAACAUGGGGGAAUUUGAUCUCUCCCACAGAAUUGUAUUGGCACCGUUAACCCGAAACCGGUCGUACAACAAUGUGCCGCAGCCUCACGCGGCGGUGUAUUACUCUCAGAGAGCAACCAAAGGCGGACUUCUCAUUGCUGAAGCAACCGGUGUAUCCGACACUUCACAAGGGUACCAAGAUACGCCUGGAAUUUGGACAAAGGAGCAAGUGGAGGCAUGGAAGCCAAUUGUCGACGCAGUUCAUGAAAAAGGUGCCGUCUUUUUCUUGCAAAUGUGGCAUGUUGGCCGUGUUUCGACUUACGGUUUUCAACCCAACGGGCAAGCUCCAAUCUCGUCAACCGACAAGGGAAUUACACCCGGCCUUGACGGAGUAGAUUGGGCCCCACCUAGACGACUAUCCAAGGAUGAAAUCCCUUCUAUUGUCAAUGAUUUUAGGGUUGCCGCUCGCAAUGCUAUCGAAGCAGGAUUUGAUGGAGUUGAGAUACACGGAGCAAAUGGCUACUUAAUCGAACAAUUUCUCAAAGAUCAAGUCAACGACAGGACCGAUGAAUACGGCGGGAGCUUGGAGAAUCGGUGCCGAUUCGCACUUGAAGUAGUUGAAGCAGUGACGAAGGAGAUCGGUUCUAAUAGAGUUGGGAUUAGGCUAUCUCCAUACACCGAUUUUAUGGAGUCGGUCGACUCGGAUCCCGAUGCACUAGGCCUUCACUUGGCCAAAGAACUUAACAAAUUCGACCUUGUCUACCUUCACAUGAUCGAACCGAGAUUUAGUGGUGAAGUAGUUGCUCAUGAGCUACUUCCCAUUAGAAAGGCUUUCAAUAAUACUUUUAUUGCUUCCGGCCCUUCCAAUAGGAGGAAGGGUAAUUUACCCAUUUCUGAAAAUUACGCGGAUUUAGUCGCGUAUGGACGCUUGUUUUUGGCUAAUCCGGAUUUGGUGAGAAGGUACGAGUUGGAUGCUCCUCUAAAUAAGUAUGAUAGGAACACGUUCUACACUCAAGAUCCCGUUGUUGGUUAUACUGAUUAUCCAUUUCUUGAAGAAGCUAAUUAAUUAAAAAGUAAUUAUAAUGUGUUUUAAUUUUAAUGUGUUAUGCUUUGUGAUAUUAUGAACUUCUUGUGUUCUUUUUCCUUGUAUGUUGGAAUGAUGAUUGUAAAAGGAGAUAGUUGAUGUUUGCCUAUUUUUAUUUAAAAAAAAAAAUCAAGGUUUUAUUGUUUA